AUGCUGCGACGAAGGAACGCGUACCCAGUGUACGCGAGGGACUUCGCGGACGAGUACGAGCCCUAUGCAGUAGCGGCCAUCCCCGUGCACGCUCAAGUACCUAUCUUCCAGGUCAUCUCCCCCGCAGCGUACUCGGGGAAACUAAGGAAACCAAUCAAGCGACCUCAACCCAAUAGAGACUUGCACGCGUACCCCUCGUCGCACAUCGAACAGGCCUACCAACCGUACGCCUACAACCACGUGUAUGAAGAGUCUGUACCCCAGAAGUAUAAAGUGAAUCCGUACAACGAGGAAGCUUCUUCAGUAGUCGUGUAUGCUCGACCGAAUAAGAACGGUGGCUACACCUACCGCAAGCAACCCGCGCCGACGCCGGCGCCACAUACGCCGCAGGAACCCAUCAUAAUCAGAAUACACAAGUACCGAGUUAUCCAUUAA